AUGGGUCUUCUCACUCUCGUUGAAGACAGGCCCACCCCCAAGGAGGUCUACAACUGGCGCGUCUAUGCUUGCGCUGCUGUAGCCUCGUUCGCUUCUUGCAUGAUCGGUUAUGAUUCUGCUUUCAUCGGAACCACUCUCGCUCUUCCUUCGUUUCAGAAAGAAUUUGGCUGGAAACGUAAGCCAGCAGCCGAUGUCACAUUCAUCAAGGAGAACAUUGUCUCCGUCUACCAGGCCGGUGCCUUCUUCGGUGCCCUUGGUGCCUACAUCAGCGCUCACUACCUUGGUCGCCAAAAAUCUCUCUGGGUCUACGUCGUCGUAUUCAUGGUCGGUGCUGGUAUUAUGUUGAAGGCUGCCAACGGUGAUCUCGCUCCUAUCUACGCCGGCAGAGUUCUCACUGGUAUCGGUGUGGGUGGUGCUUCCAUGGUUGUCCCUAUCUACAUUUCCGAAAUUGCCCCUCCAGCAGUCAGAGGUCGUUUGGUCGGUAUCUACGAACUUGGAUGGCAAAUCGGUGGUCUCGUCGGUUUCUGGAUCAACUACGGCAUCGCCGAGACACUUCCCAGCAACCACGACCAGUGGAUCAUCCCCUUCGCCGUUCAACUCAUCCCUGGAGGACUUCUUGCUAUCGGAUCUAUCUGGCUCAAGGAGUCACCUCGUUGGUUGUUCUCCAAGGGCAAGCGUGAGCAAGGUCUCAAGAACUUGCUUUGGAUCAGAAACCUCCCUGCCGACAACUUCUACAUUGUCGAGGAGAUCUCUUUCAUCGAGUCUGCUCUUGAGGAGCAGAAGUCGAGCGUCGGUCUUGGAUUCUUCGACCCUUUCAAGGCUGUUUUCAAGAGCCGAAGCCUUCAAUGGCGCGUGUUCCUCGGUACCACUCUCUUCAUCUUCCAGAACGGCUCAGGCAUCAACGCCAUCAACUACUACAGUCCUACCGUCUUCAAGUCUCUCGGUAUUGUUGGAGGUAACACUUCCUUCCUUACCACUGGAUUGUUCGGUGUUGUCAAGACCACCUUCACUCUUAUCUGGCUCUUCUUCCUGAUCGACAAGGUCGGACGUCGCAACUUGCUUCUUAUCGGAGCUAUUGGUGGUGCUUGCUGUAUGCUUAUCAUCGGUGGCUACCUUGCCAGUCCACUUGUCGACACUUCUGCAGCAGCCACCGCUGUCGCCAAGCCGCUCUCAUCUGGAGGUAUUGCCGCCGUGUUCUUCUUCUACCUUUGGACUGCCUUCUACACACCCUCAUGGAACGGUACCCCUUGGGUCAUCAACUCUGAGAUGUACGAGCAGAACGUCCGUGCUCUGGGCCAAGCUAUGGCUGCCGCCAGCAACUGGUUCUGGAAUUUCAUCAUUGCUAGAUUCACCGGUCAGAUGUUUGCAAACAUGGGCAAGUCAGGGUGUGGAGUAUAUUUCUUCUUCGCCGGCAUGAUGUUCCUCUCCGUCAUUUUCGUCUGGUUCUGCAUCCCCGAGACUAAAUCGGUCCCUCUCGAGUCCAUGAACAGACUCUUCGAGAUCAAGCCUUGCAGCAAGGCCAAUGCUAUCAUCAUGCGCGAGGUGCAGGAAGCAGAGGCCGAGUUCCGCGAGGAUGCCGAAGGCGCUGGUUUGAGCCUCGAGAAGAGCAAGGUUGCUUACGUCGAGGACAGUGCUGUCUGA